AUGGAGUGUUUGGCUCCUAUCUUUGGUGAGAUUGUAUGUUCUAUGUAUGACUCAACGUACUCACGAGUCGCUAAUGCCAUAAAGUUCAAAUCAAACGCCCAAGCUCUUAAUGAUUCACUCGAGAGAUUAACAGAGCUUAAGGGUAAUAUGGAUGAAGACCGUGAAACUUUGUUAAGCAAAGAUAAACCAUUGAGAGUUAAGCUACUGCGUUGGCAAAGAGAGGUUGAAGAAGUUAUCCCUAAAGCAAGGCUGAAACUUGAAAAAAAAGUUUCAUGUGGUAUGACCUUGAGAUCCAGACUAAGUGGGAAACUUGGCAAGAUUCUCAUGGAAGUGAAAAUGCUUGAGAAAGAUGGCUUAGAGUUUAUCGACAUAAUUUCUGUACAUUCUACACCUGAAAGAGUUGAACAUGUUCCAGGAGUCUCAAUUGUUCAUCAAACAAUGGCGUCAAAUAUGUUGGUAAAAAUUAGAGAUGGUUUGAUAAGCGAUGAGGCUCAAAAGAUUGGUGUUUGGGGCAUGGGAGGAGUAGGUAAAACGACAUUGGUCAGGACGUUGAACAAUAAGCUUCGGGAAGAGGGUGCUACUCAACCAUUUGGCUUGGUGAUCUUUGUUGUAGUGUCCAAAGAGUUUGAUCCAAGAGGAGUCCAAAAGCAGAUUGCUGAGAGAUUGGAUAUUGAUACGAAUAUGGAAGAAAGUGAAGAGAAAUUGGCAAGAAGGAUUUACGUUAGACUGAGAAAAGAGAGAAACUUUCUUCUCAUUCUUGAUGAUGUUUGGAAACCCAUUGAUUUGGAUCUUUUGGGCAUUCCUCGAACAAAAGAGAACAAAGGUUCAAAAAUCAUUCUUACUUCUAGGUUUUUAGAGGUAUGUCGUAGCAUGAAGACAGAUCUUGAUGUUAGAGUGGAUUGCUUAGUUGAAGAAGAUGCUUGGGAAUUAUUUUGCAAAAAUACAGGGGAGAUUGUGCGCUCAGAUCAUGUUAAGCCGAUUGCAAAAGCUAUCUCACUUGAAUGUGGCGGAUUGCCUCUGGCUAUCAUCACAGUCGGAACAGCUAUGCGGGGAAAGAGAAACGUCAAGUUGUGGAAUCAUGUCUUAACUAAGCUAAGUAAAUCAGUACCUUGGAUCAAGAGUAUUGAAGAGAAGAUAUACCAACCAUUGAAAUUGAGCUACGACUUUUUGGAAGGCAAGACAAAGUCUUGUUUUCUCCUUUGCGCUUUGUUUCCUGAAGACUACUCCAUUGAAGUUACAGAGCUUGUGAUGUAUUGGAGAGCUGAAGGAUUCAUGGAGGAACAAGGUUCCUACGAGGACUCCAUGAAUGAAGGAGUUACAAUUGUCGAAAGUUUAAAGGAUUAUUGUUUGUUAGAAGAUGGUGCUCGUAGUGACACUGUUAAGAUGCAUGAUGUUGUCCGCGAUUUCGCCAUAUGGAUCAUGUCUUCCACACAAGAUGAUUGCCAUUCCCUUGUCAUGGCUGGUACAGGUGAGCAAGAGAUUAGACAAGAUAAGUUUGCUCCUUCUCUACAAAGAGUUUCUUUGAUGAACAAUAAAUUAGAAAGGCUUCCUGAUCUCACAGAAGAAUACUGCGAAAAAGUCACAACCUUACUGCUACAAGGCAACCCUCUUCUAGAAGAAGUACCCAUGAGAUUCUUGCAAGCAUUUCCAACUCUUCGAAUCUUGAAUCUAAGUGGGACACGCAUGAAAUCAUUGCCUAGUUUCUCUCUUUUGCAUCUUUACAGUCUUCAUUCUCUCUUGUUAAGAGAAUGUUUUAACCUUGAGGAACUACAUUCACUGGAAUCCCUUACCAACCUUGAGAAACUUGAUCUUUGUGGCACACAUAUCACGGAAUUUCCAAGGGGGUUAGAAAGUUUGAAGCGCUUCAGACACCUUGACCUUUCAAGAACACUUCACCUUGAAAAUAUUCCAGCUCGUAUUGUUUCGAGGUUAUCAAGAUUGGAGACUCUAGACAUGACAUCAAGUCACUACCGUUGGAACAUACAAGAAGAAGCCCAAAAAGGACAAGCAACACUUGAAGAGCUAGGAUGCCUAAAGCAUUUAUAUGUUCUUUAUAUCAAGCUCCAUUCUUCUCCGUUUCUUUUGAAUAAGAGAAACACUUGGAUCAAAAUAUUGAAGAAAUUCCAACUUGUUGCGGGCUCUCGUUACAUUUUGCGUACAAGACACGAUAAAAGGAGGCUAACAAUAAGUCACCUCAACGUAACACAAGUGUCCAUCGGGUGGUUGUUGGAUUAUACAACCUCUCUAGCACUAAACCAUUGCCAAGGGAUCGAAGCAAUGAUAAAGAAGUUGGUCACUAACAACAAGAGUUUCGAGAAUUUGAGAUCUAUGAUGAUUGACAACGCUUUCAUCAAAACAAAUUCUUGGGUUAAGAUGGUAAGCACUAAAACAUCAAAACGAUCCACUGGAAGGCUAGACCUUCUUCCAAAUCUGGAGGAACUUCGUCUCCGUCGUGUUGAUUUGGAAACCUUCUCAGAAUUACAAACACAUCUUGGGUUAAGACUGGAAACACUUAAGGUACUCGAGAUCACCAUGUGUCACAAGCUUCAAACACUAUUUGAGGAAAAGAAUUUCUUGAAUAUCCCUAAACUAGAGGAGAUAGAGAUAAGCUAUUGUGACUCGUUGCACAAUCUGCAUGAUGCGUUGUUUUAUCGUGAACCUUUCCUACCAAAUUUACGUGUCUUAAAACUUAGGAAUCUUCCAAACCUUGUGAGUAUUUGCAAUUGGGGAGAAGCUUGGAAGUGCCUAGAACAGGUGGAAGUGAUACACUGUAAUCAACUACUUUUUUUACCCAUAAGCUCAUCUACUUGUGGAAACAUCAAGAAAAUAAAAGGAGAACUCAGUUGGUGGGAGCAUUUAGAAUGGGAAGAUCGUUAUGCUUUAACAAUUGUUCAGCCCUUUUUCAAUCCAGUGGAGGAAGCUCCUCUACUUUUGUUAUCAUAG